UUUAAAUCAGAAAAAUACUUGGUUUAAUAAUUUUGGGGAAAAAUGUUUCACGUUUAUUUGUUGCUAUAAAAUUUUAAAGAUACGAUAGAUAGAAUGUCCGACUCUACUUUAAAUAAAACUGAUGAAAUUUUUGAUGUCGAGAUGACAACUUCUGAGAGCACAACUUCUAGUGAACCGUUUGAUAUUGCAGCAACCAAUACCAAAAUUUUGGUUAUACAAGAUAGUGCUAUUCCGAAGAACAAGAACUUAGCGGAAAUAGAGACCAAAAAUCGUCACAAUGAGCUUACAGACGUCCAAACUUUUGGUGAAUCAUAUUCAUUUUCUCUAACUAACGGUCCAGAGAAUGGUAAGUCAUUACCUUCUGUUAUCGAAAAUGACCGAGAGCUUAGUUUCUUUAUGAAGAGAAAAAUGUUUGAUAAGGAUGAAUACACACUUGCAAAAGUUCUGCUUCAAUAUUCGCUUCGUGAAAUAGAUAACGAGUCUGAUACGGAUGCUAUGGAGUAUAUAGGAGAGUAAUAAGUAAUAAUGUUCGUCUUUUUUUUUUUUUAAAAAUUAAUAGUUUUAAAAUUUUUAUAU